AUGCCAGUCGUACUUGCUGAGCAGACAGCUCUUUGUCAAACUGAAUCUAUAAUUAAUCAGAGUGGUAAAACCUUAGCUGAUUAUAAUUUGCCAGUUUUAGAUCAGUUUUUAGAUAAUGUCCCAGAAAAUGAUGAUAAAGAUGUUCUGGUGUUUAUUGAUGAAGCAAACCGACUUAGACCAUUAUUAAAUGAUAAUCAACGUAAUGUAGCUGAUGCGAUCCUUGCUGCACUAGGUGUGAAACCUACUAAUGAAAAUAAGCAUUCAAGGUUGUUUUUUAUGGAUGGGUCUGCCAGUUGUGGUAAAACAUUUACUUACAAUUAUUUAAUUGCUGAAACACGAAGCAGGCAUAUUAGAACUGCAACAGCUGCAAGGACAGGAGCAGCUGCAAGUCUUCUCAAAAAUGGGUGCACAAUGCAUGGCUUAUUCAAACUUCCUGUUCCAAUUUUGGAAACUAGCACAUGUAAUGUAACUCCAAAUUCUAUUCAUGGUAGAUUCCUGAGACAAAUCAGAUUGUAUUUACUUGAUGAAGCAUCUAUGAUACCCAAAUAUGCUUUGAUUGCCAUUGAUAAGCUGUUACAAGAUAUUUGUAAUAACAACUUUCCUUUUGGUGGUAAGGUUAUUCUUAUGGGUGGAGACUUCAGACAAAUACUUCCAGCUGUGAAGCGGGGUCGACCAGCAGAAGUUAUAGAAUCAUGUUUAAAAUGUUCUGAGCAUUGGCAAUAUGUGCAAAGGUUCUCAAUAACUGUAAAUAUGAGGGUUCAGAUAGAAGGAGAGGAAUUUUCUCAAUGGCUUUUAAAGCUUGGAAGUGGAACAUGUAUUAAAAUACCUGAGCAGUGCUUUUUCAGUGAUAAUGAAUCUAUUGUAGAGAAGAUUUUUGGUGGCGGAGAAGAAGCUGAUUAUGCAAAACGUGCUAUUUUAACGCCAACAAAUGUUAAUUCAUUGGCAAUAAAUGAAGAAGUCCUUCUUCGUUUACCCGGUGAUGUGAAAACAUAUUUAAGUUCAGAUAGCAUUGAAACUGAUGAUCUUAAUGAAAUUAAUAACUUUCCAGUCGAGUUUUUAAAUAGUUUGACUCCAUCAGAUCUCAAAGGUGGACUUUGUAAUGGAACCUCUUUGAAGGUGCGUGCAUUACACAACAGUUACAUUGAUGAUGAGGUUUUAACAAGUGUAUCAGCUGGUAACAGGGUAUUUGUUCAUCGAGUUCAAUUAGCUUCAUCAGAUGCAAAUUUACCUUUUACAUUUAAACGCCGUCAGUUUCCAGUUAGGUUAGCAUACUCAAUGACCAUAAAUAAAAGUCAAGGUCAAACAUUUGAAAAAUGUUCCAGCAGGUUUCGCAUUUCGUCAAAAUCUAAAACUAGUACUGCCACAAAUGAACUGCUUGUUGAAGACACAACUGAUUUUGAUUUUGAGCCUGAAGAAAUUAUACUUUCUGGAGAAAAAGAUGAAGGUGCUACAUUUACUGAUUCAUACAAAAACUUGUCCAAUGAACAACUUUAUGAUUUAGAAGAUGUCAUAUGUGGAAAAAUUGGAGACAAAAAACUAUACCAUGAAUGGUAUGAUCCAAAUACAUCAAAUUCUGUUUUGUAUAAUGGCAGAAAAGAUGAUGAAACGUAUAUGGAAGCUGUUGACCAUUGCAUAAAAAAGAUCCAGCUUGUUGCAGUUGUUAUUUCAGAAGAGUUACAAUUGUAUUAA